AUGCGGAGUCUCGCGCGGCUGCUGUGCCUCCUCGCCAUUCUCUUCGCGAGGACGUGGGAAGUCCAGCUGCACCCCAGGCAAGAGACUUUGGUGAAACAUCUCUCAUCAUAUGAAAUAGUGACACCGAUGCGAGUGAAUGAAUUUGGAGAGGUUUUCCCUCACACGAAUCAUUUCAAAAGGAGGAAAAGGAGUACACUAGCGGAGUCCAUUCCUUUCAGGACCCACUAUCGCUUCAGAGCCUACGGGCAGGUUUUCCAGCUGAAUUUGAGUGCUGACACCAGCUUCCUUGGCCCUCAUUAUACAGAAGUCCACAUGGGGGCUGCAGAAAGUCAUCUCCCCUCUGAUUUGCAUCACUGUUUCUACCGCGGACACGUCAAUGCAAAGGAAACGCACACAGCGGUCUUCAGUCUCUGUGGUGGCCUGAUGGGCACAUUUAGAUCCCAUGAUAGUAAAUACUUUCUAGAACCCUUGAUGACAACAGAUGCAGAUGAACAUGAAGAUGAACAUAACAAACCCCAUCUUAUAUACAGAUAUGAAGAAUGUAAAAAAGAUUCAAGUCAGAAUUCUUAUAAACCUUGUGAAAUUUCAGAAGAAACAAAGAUGAGCUCCUUACUAUUUCCAAAUAGAAGCAGCUUAAUUGAAGAUGUAAAUACCAUGCAAGAAAACACACUUUUCAAGAAUGCUUCUAAAAUCCUACCUUUAGAGAAUGAGCAAAACAAUCCACAUUCCCGGAAAAAACGUUUCCUUUCCUAUCCAAGAUACGUAGAGGUGAUGGUUACAGCAGAUGCUAGAAUGGUUCGGCACCAUGGCCAGAACUUACAGCAUUAUGUAUUAACGCUUAUGUCAAUAGUUGCAACAAUCUACAAAGACUCAAGUAUAGGAAAUCAAAUAAAUAUAAUGAUUGUAAAAUUAAUUGUAGUUCACAAUGAACAGGAAGGACCAGCCAUCAGUUUUAAUGCAGCUACCACUCUACGCAAUUUCUGUUUAUGGCAACAGGCACAAAACGUUCUGGAUGAUGCUCAUCCUUCUCAUCAUGAUACUGCAGUUCUUAUCACUAGGGAAGAUAUAUGCAGAGCGCGAGAAAAAUGUGAUACCUUGGGUUUAGCUGAACUGGGUACAAUGUGUGACCCACUGCGCAGCUGUUCUAUCAGUGAGGAAAAUGGAUUAAGUGCUGCAUUUACAAUAGCACAUGAACUUGGACAUGUUUUUAAUGUACCUCAUGAUGACAGUUUUAAAUGUAAAGAAGUUGGAAUUAAACAUCAAUACCAUGUGAUGGCUCCAACUUUAAACUACCAUUCAAGCCCAUGGACUUGGUCAAAAUGCAGUCAGAAGUAUAUUACAGAAUUUCUUGAUACUGGUUAUGGGGAAUGCCUUCUAGAUAAACCAGCAGGAAGAAUCUAUGACCUUCAGUCACAGUUGCCUGGUUCUAUCUAUGAUGUGAACAAGCAGUGUGAACUUAUGUUUGGCCCUGGGUCACAAGUAUGCCCUUACAUGAAACAGUGCAAACGUUUGUGGUGCACAAGUCCAGAAGGAAUUCACAAGGGCUGCCGUACACAGCAUAUGCCACUGGCUGAUGGAACAGAAUGUGGUCACAGAAUGCAUUGCCGACAUGGGAUUUGUGUAAGCAAGGAAAUGGAAAGGGCCCCUGUAGAUGGAGAAUGGGGAUCUUGGGGACCUUACAGUUCAUGUACCAGAACCUGUGGAGGUGGCAUCAAAAGUACAACCAGAUUGUGUAAUCGGCCUGAGCCAAAACAUGGAGGAAAAUACUGCAUUGGUCGCAGGAUGAAAUUUCGGUCAUGUAAUACUGAUUCAUGUCCCAAAGGGAAGCAAGAUUUUCGAGAACAGCAGUGCUCUGAAUUUGAUGGUAAACAUUUCAACAUCAAUGGACUUACGUCUGCUGUUCGCUGGCUUCCAAAAUACAGUGGCAUUUCUAUGAAAGAUCGCUGUAAGCUUUUCUGCCGUGUUUCUGGCACAACAUCCUACUAUCAACUGAAAGACAGAGUUAUUGAUGGUACUCCCUGUGGGACAGAUACUUAUGAUAUAUGUGUUCAAGGUUUAUGCAGGCAAGCUGGCUGUGAUCAUGUUUUAAACUCCAAGAUGAGAAGAGAUAAGUGUGGUAUCUGUGGUGGUGAUAAUUCAUCAUGUAGGACUUUUUCAGGUACUUUCAACAGUGCUCAUUAUGGCUAUAACAUUGUAGUAAAAAUCCCUAUAGGAGCCACAAACCUUGACAUACAUCAGCACAGCUAUUCAGGGAACGCAGAAGAUGACAACUAUCUUGCAUUAUCCAAUACUCAAGGGAAUUUUUUCCUGAAUGGAAAUUUUGUGGUAAGCCUAUCUAAAAAGGAAAUCAGUAUGUAUGGAGUUAAUUUUGAGUACAGUGGUUCAAACAACACCAUAGAGCGAAUAAACAGCACUGGACGACUCGAAGAGGAUAUUCUUUUGCAGGUCUUGUGUGUAGGGAAUUUGUACAACCCUGAUGUGCACUAUUCAUUCAAUAUUCCUGUAGAAGAGGGGAGUGAUCUGUUUACAUGGAAUCCGUAUGGGCAGUGGCAAGAAUGCAGCAAAAUGUGUCAAGGUCUUUGGAGAAGAAAGAUUAUAUGCAUACGGAAGACUGAUCAUUUGGAAGUGCCAAGUCACAGAUGUGAACAUAUAACGCGGCCUACACCAGUAUCAGAACAGUGUAAUACAGACUGCGAAUUAAGGUGGCAUAACAUUGGCAAAAGUGAGUGCUCAGCUCGGUGUGGCCCAGGGUUUCGGUCUUUAGACAUCCACUGUAUGAAGUACUCUGUUUCAAAGGGACUGAGUGUUCCAGUGGACGAUAAAUACUGUGCUGAUCAGGAGAAACCACCAGUUCGAGAACCCUGCCAUGGAGACUGUCUUCUAACAAGCUGGCAUUACUCGGAAUGGUCAGAGUGUUCUAGGAGUUGUGGGCAAGGUACAAGAACCAGAGAAGCUUUUUGUAUGAACAACUUUGGUCGUCAGCUUGCAGAUAGAGAGUGCAGUGAAUUUCCAAAGAUGGUCACUCAGAACUGCAAUGAGUUUUUGUGUCCCAGCUGGACUACUAGCAAUUGGAGUGAGUGUCUUGUGACAUGUGGGAAAGGUACAAGACAUCGGCAGGUAUGGUGUCAAUUAAAUGAUGAUCAACUGGAGGAUGUUUUCUGUGAUCAGAACUCUGUACCAGAAUCAGUGAGAUCAUGUGAACUUAGUGAUUGUGCAGCUUGGCAAGUGGGACCAUGGGGAGAAUGCUCAGUGACGUGUGGGCAUGGAUACCAAAUGCGUGCUGUCAAAUGUAUUUCUGGUAUUUAUGGAACUAUUUUGGAUGAUGAGAGAGAAUGCAGUGCUGCUACCCGUCCAAGAGACAGCCAAGAAUGCAAAAUGUCUUCUUGCACAGAAAUAAUCAAACUAUGGCCUACAUCAUUUCCUGUCAUCCAGACUGACAAAGUGACUCAGUGGAGAUUUGGAUCAUGGACUCCAUGUUCUGCAUCUUGUGGAAGAGGAAAUCGUGCUCGUUACGUAAGCUGUCGGGACAGUCAUGGCAAAAUAGCAAAAGAAUCAUUUUGUGCACAUUUACCCAGACCAGAAGAACUUGCAAUCUGCUUUAGUCCAUGUGGAAUUUGGCAAGCUGGAAGUUGGUCACCUUGCACAGUUACAUGUGGUAAUGGAAUAGUAACAAGACAAGUUGUCUGUGUCAACCACCAUCAACAAAUUGAUGAGAAUUACUGUGAUCCCGAAGGCCGUCCAGCAAAAGAACAAGAAUGUAACAUGCCAUCCUGCCAGCCAGUUUAUGGCCCUGAAUAUCCAAGCCAUUCGGUAGAUCAGGAUUACCCUUCAGUACACAAAGUCCAGCAUUCUCAAGAUAGUGCAAGAAACCAUCUUUCUGCUGGAGGAAAUCAGUGGAGAACAGGACCCUGGGGAGCAUGCUCAAGCACUUGUGCUCGUGGAUUUCACCGUCGGGUUGUGGUGUGCCAGGAUGGGGAUGGAAGAAGUGCCAGCUACUGUGAUGAGACAAUGAAACCACCAGACUCAAAGAAUUGUGAUUUGGGCCCCUGUCCAAGAUGGAACUAUGGGAACUGGGGAGAGUGUGCUCAAACAUGUGGAGAUGGGAUAAAAACAAGAUUAGUGAUCUGCCAGCUUCCAAAUGGCCAAGUGUCGAGUGAUCAAAACUGUGAAAUACUUGAAAAACCACCUGACACAGCACAGUGUAACAUACAUGCAUGUCCUGAUGAAGUUUCAUGGCAUCGUGGACCAUGGAAACUGUGUUCUGUGUCCUGUGGGAAGGGUUUAAAGUAUCGUGAUGUGUUUUGUGUUAAUAACUUCCAAACUCAACUAGGGGACAAUGCAUGCAAACGUUUAAAGAAGCCUCGAACCCACAAAGUUUGCAGAACUACCAGAUGUCCUGCAUGGAAAGCCAGCAAGUGGAAGGAGUGUUCUGUGACUUGUGGGGUAGGUGUUCAGCAACGGGAUGUUUACUGCAGGCUGAAAGGUAGUGGUCCAGUUAAUGAAAUGAUGUGUAAUCGUCUUACCCAGCCUGCUAGUAAAAGGCCCUGUUCACUGCCUGCCUGUGCACGGUACCAGUGGUUGACUGAACAAUGGCAAAAUUGCUCCUUGUCAUGUAAAAAAAGGGAAAUUUACCGGUCAGUAAAGUGUGUGAAUCAAAAUGGAAUCCAAGUGAGUGAAAGUUUCUGUGAUACAGUCAUGAAACCAUCAACUACCAAGAACUGCAAAAGGAUUCCUUGUAAAUACAUUGUGAUUACAAUAGACACAUCACAGUGUCCAGCUAGAUGUUCUCUAGACCAUGCACAAAAGAUGACAUUCUGUGUUGAAGCCAAUGAUGCCCGAAAUAAUCGUGGCUACGACCUGCGGUCUGCAGUUUACCGAGACUGCCCACUCUUGCCAUCCCCGUUAUUGAAAGAAUGCAACAUUAGGGCUUGUCCAUAUGCCUCAACAUGGAAAGUUGGGAAAUGGAGCAAGUGCUCGGUGCCUUGUGGAGUGGGGACGCAAGAAAGAAGAGUAGAAUGCAUGACAGCAAAUGGUUCACCCAGUGGCUUAUGCGUAUCACGUUUAAAGCCAGAAGCCAGAAGGGUUUGUCGUGCAACAGACUGUGAACCAUUAACCAGCUGCAAAGAAAUCCAGAUGACUAAAAAGAUUAGAAAAGAUGGUGAAUACCUGAUUAACAUUAAAGGAAAAAUGAUAAAGAUUUAUUGUUCAGAUAUGCAGCUUCAGGAUCCCAAAGAAUAUUUAACAUUGGUGAAAGGGCAAGAGGACAACUUUUCAGAAGUAUAUGGAUACCGACUUCAAAAUCCAUAUGAGUGUCCUUUUAAUGGAAGUAGGAGGCAAGACUGCAUGUGCAGAAAUGAUUAUCCUGCAGCUGGCUACACUAUUUUUAGAAAAAUAAGACUUGAUCUCACUUCUUUGGAAAUUAAAACUACUGAUUUCCGCUUUGCUCACACAAUACUUGGGAAACCUGUUCCAUUUGCCACAGCUGGAGAUUGCUAUAGUGCUGCAAAAUGCCCACAGGGUCAGUUUGGCAUUAAUUUGGCAAGCACUGGACUGAGGCUAUCUACUACUGCAAAAUGGAUUGCUCAGGGAAAUUAUGCUACAGUUCAGAUACAUAAAUCUCAAGAUGAUACUAAAAUAUAUGGAAGAUGUGGAGGUUUCUGUGGAAAGUGUAUUCCUAAUACAGGCACUGGUCUCCCUCUUCAAAUACAGUAAGAACAAAGAAAUCAACAAAGAAAAAUCCUUAAGGAUCAUAUUGUAUGUGCUGUGAUUUUCUCAGUCAUGUUUGUUUAUUCAGAUUUCCUCACCAUGUAGUGGAGUAAUUCAAAGGAUUAAAACCAGUUUGUCCACACUUACAUGUGCAUAAACCACUAGACUAAACCAUCAGGCUUCUGUAGAGAUAUUAACUCGAUGUCCUGCCUCUGGCCAGUUCCACCAUACAGGCAGACCAAAUAGCCGCUCAGUGUGGCACAAAUCAAGAGCUGCUAGCUAUGCUGGAAGCAGUAUAUAAGUCUGGGUUUUUGUGCUGCUUUUAGUGCUGUGAGGUUGUAGGGAUCCAUACUCUUGAGGUUUCUUCACGAUGUUACGUGCACACCUAGAUGUUUUAUGUGUUGGUCUGCAACUGGAAAAUGUGACAACAAAUAGACGUCUCCAAACACCUAUAGUGCAUAGGAACACUGUUCAGGGAGCCAGAACUGGUUGAAGCCUCCUGUCAAGCCCUAUCAUUCGCUAGGCGACUUUGGUUGCUGCUGCACAAAAUGAUAAGACUUCAUUUUUACAAGAAUAGCCAUAUGGUUACAUUUUUGGUGCUGUUACUUCAUGUACUGGAAGAGUGAGCUGUGAAUGAUCCUCCUGUUACCUGUGGCCACCAUUUUGUGUGAAUAGGAAGGACAACACAUAAUAUUUUCCAAUUUUGAUAAGCACUACCAGAAACCCAUAUUUGUUACUGGUGUUUGCACGUAGUGAAGCUUGAAAAUACCUAUGUUGCCUUAUUCACACAAAAUAGUGAUUGUGAACAUGAGAGGAUUGUAUGUAGUCUGCUCUUGUGGUAUAUGAAGUAUGUUAGUGCCAAAGAACGUAACACUUGAACCGCAGGGCUAUGGCCUAGGAUGGCCAAUGAUCUUGUAUUGCUCUUUGUAGAACAGUUUGUGAAACUUGUGAGUGAAAUGGGGUUUACACUCACCUGUUACGAAUAAUUUUUGGUCCUCAGAGCUACUUUUUGCUGAUACAGUUCAUGUAGCAGUUUUAAAAAACAACAACUAUGGUCGUAUGGUGAUUUUAAUCCUAAUGGUGCUCAAAUGGAAGCAGCUGACUUCAGCUUCAGUAACGUCCUUGGUACAUGCUUAAUAUCAGUGCUGGCUUUUGUUGCGUGUACUAUACGAUGAUGUCAGGAAAGCAUCCUUGUUUUGGCAUCUAAUGUUAGGAAAUCCUACCUCUUACCCAAAUGUAUACUAUAAAAACAUUGAAUUGUGUAUGUUAUAUUUUUUUUACUGCAGUGCACAUCUGUUAGAUGUUUAGAAACGUUGCCCAAAUACUCGAAACACAGAUAUUGCUAGCUGAAUGUUAAUUGAAACAUGGCUUGGCUCUGAUGCAUUUAUGAAGUCCCAGCAAAUAGCUCUGUAAGAAAUGGAAACCAAACCCUGGCUUCAAUGAGAUCUAGUUUGAUUCUCUAGUAUUCCAAAGAAAUGAGUAGAAGUAUGCAGACAUAUAAAGUAUGCAGAAGCUUCUUCUCCACUUUAGACUCUACAGAAUUCUGGAUGAGAGUUGACAACCAUAUUUCAUUUUUUUUCUGAGGGUCCGUUGAAACAUGCACUGAAAUAUUCAAUAUUGCUAUUGUAGAUAAGAAGACUUUGUCUUUCUCAGGAGUGUCUAGGUGUUGAAUUUGUGAUUUAAGUUACCCAAAUCCCAAAAAGAGUAGAGAUCUCAUUCAAUUAAACAAAAACGUAUUUCAGAAUAAAUUCUCAGGUAUUCAGAAUAUAUAACACAUUAUGUAGUAGACACAUGUACUUUUCUUUGUGAUACCUCCUGUUCAAGCCAAUACCAGCUAUGAGUGCAAUUCUCAUUCCAUUCAAGCCAAUGGCAAAACUUCCAUUCAUAUUUAUGGUUCUGUAUUGUAACUUAAAUGAUUAAACCAAAUAUAAGUUAACUGCCAGCAAAGUAUUGGUAGAUGAGAUGGCAGCUAUAUUAUGUUACCAGAAAAAAUAUUUGGAUUAAAGAUUAGUUGAGCAAAUGCCUUUUAGCUAACACUGAUAGAUAAAAAUUUUGUGACCUCUGUAUCAGAAAAAGUAUUUUUGCACUAUGUGCCUUAUACUAGUUUAAACAUGAGAACUGUAACAUCCUUUUCCUAGAAAUGUUUAUAUUUACUAUACAAAUGUUAUAAGUUAUAAAAUCUUUAUGUAAUAAUAAAUAUGCUAUGUGAUUAUUUCCUGAAUACCCCACUGUGCUCAUUUCACCAUUAAAAUGCUCUUAGGAAAGAGUGUCUAACAGCACAUUUUGAACGUAUAAGUUGUGUUAGCAGCCAGACUUGCCCUCAUGAUAUUAAGAAGUCUUAUGAAUAUGGUUAUAUCAUAAUCCCCUCUCUGUAUGUGUUUUAAACACAAAACGCUGUUCAAACCAGGCAGAAAAAUGGAAGCCAGAUCCUGGCUGGGGGAUGGAAAAUUACUAGAAUGUGAAGUGUCAGGCAAGACCAGCUUUCAGCCUCCGCGCCCCAGAGAUGUGCAAGAUGUUAAGACAAUAGGGUCUUCCCUGAGUUCUUGAAUUAAUCACCUUAACACACUCUACCAAUUUUAUUUUAUCCACUUGCCCAAUUUCAGGCAAUUCAGGGCUCUGAUAGCCUUACCCACCUAUCCAUCACAGGGCAUCAAUCAUCACUGAUAACUUUAGUUUCACCCAGGAAGGUUUUAUCAAACCUUCCCAGUUUAUUGUCUCACCCUGGAGGCAGCUCACCAGUCCAUUGUCUCACCUUGGAGACAACGUUCCAGUUCUUUGUCUCACCCUGGAAACAACCAUUAAGUUAUUGUUUUUGGAAAUGAAGAUGUAAUUUUGCCCCAGGGUAUGUUCCACAGUAUAAUUGGACUACCCCUCCACCAUAGGUGUGGACAUGCUCUCAGAUCCAGCAUCCACCCUUGGACUUCUGCCUCAGCUGUUCUGCAUUGGUUGCUCAACACUCUCUCUUCUGGACACCCUCUUCUGGAUGGUAUCUAUCACCCAGUCCCUCAAACUGUAUCCACCACUGCUUUCAAGUUAGCUCUGAGUGUGCAUUGUGUGUGUUUUUGCGUGCUAUGGAUCCUUAUUAUUUUCAAUAAAAAACCCUUUUGAUUGA